ACAAGCAGCAAAACGCAAUGCCUUCCUCGUACGACUCCUCCACAUCUUCCAUCGAGAUCACCGGUGUCACCUCAACCAAGGACGACACCAACAUGGAUGGCUGCGCCACAGUGCCGCGCGCCGCCGCGCUCUCGGGUCCCGUCGCCGAACGCUACGCCUCGUCGCUCCGCACCCAGCGCGUGGUCGACGCCCUGUGCAAGAAGCACGGCAUCCCAACGGCUUACGCCGCGCGACUGGCCGGCCACCGGCGCGCCUGCACGCUGCCUCCGGAGGGGUCCGUGUGCGUGUACGCGCACGCGCUGGAGGCCGGGAUGCGAGUGCCGCUGCCCGGCUUUUUCUCCGACGUGCUCACCCACUUCGGCCUCGCGCCGAGCCAGCUCGCGCCCAACGGGUGGCGCAUCUUGUCGGGCUUCGUCGUGCUCUGCCACCGCGCCGGCGUGCCGCCGUCGCUCGCCGUGUUCCGCCAUUUCUUCCUGCUGGUCAAGUUCAAGCUCAGGGGCUGGUACUUCUUUCGGGGCAAGGACGCCGCGGGGGCGCUUUUUGCUGGGCUGCCCAAGUCCAACAAGAAGUGGAAGGACAAGUUCUUCUUUCUGGCGUCACCGGAGCCAUGGUCGUGCCCUAUGCACUGGGGCGAGCCGCCGUCCAAGGCCUCCCUCUGUGAUCCGGUCCUCACGAGCCAGGAAGAAAAAUCGGUGGCAAAAUUGCUAGCCGCAAGCGGUGGUGCGGUUGAUCUCCGGACUUGCCUCUCCGAGACCAGUCUCGCCGCAGCCUUCUCCCCAAGGCUGGCCGGUGAAUCACCGGCUUCGGUUCGUUGUACUUCUACUGGUGCCAAAGGGACGGAUCAGCUGACGAAGGUGAAAACAGAGCCAGGCAGCCGUGCGUCGGCACUGUAUGGGAAAAAGAGGAACCGGGAGGAGGCCAACUCAAACGGCGAACCCUGCCAUUCUGAGCUGAGCUCGCUGCCUGCCGAUCCCAGCUGUUCGGCGACCGGCUUGGGUGUCCCGCCGGGCUUCGACCCGAAGCCACGGCACUCGCCCGUACAAGUCACACCGGCGGUCCACAGCACCGGCGGGGAGGCUACGCGGAAGUUCCCAUCGACGUACGAAUCAAUACUCCAGACCGUGAGCUACGCGUCCUCCUAUGCGUUGGAGCUGGAGAAGAAGUUAGCUGAUCACGUUGCGUCCAGGGCGGAGCUGGAGAAGAAACUGGUUGUGCGGGACGCCGAGGUUGUGGCUCUGCAGGAGCAGCUAAAGCAGGCCAUUUCGGUUCCUGGAGACGCCAAGUUUGCAGCGGCGGUGCAAGAGCUUCUUGGAUCUGAAGAACACGCGAUACGCAGCGCAGAGCACGCGCUGGAGGGGUACAAAAACUGGAAGGGUAGGUACGGCACAAAGAGGACAUGAGGCAGACUCCUCCGGCUCUACACGUACGCGGCUUCUUCUUCCCCUGUACCAUGGAAAUGGAAUGCCCAUGGUUUACAAGGCUUUUAGUUCUGCCCAAUAGGAAUUUUCAA